ACUUAGUUUUGUGAUUCGCCUUUUAUUUCUAUGUAUAGAACAACCCGAAAUGGCAUGAACCGCGCGUAUCUUUGUAAGAGCACAUCGGCAGUCUUGUUUAACUGGUUUGAGUUACAGGAGACCACAUUCAUCAUGAGUGGACCAUUGGCAGGACGUUUGGCGUUGGUCACCGGUGCCGGAUCUGGUAUCGGACGAGUUGCGAGUAAACUUCUCUCGCGCGACGGUGCCAUCGUAGUUGCUGUCGAUCGCAAUGGCAAGGCCGCGGAAGAGACCAUUCAAAACUUGAAUAGCCAAAGCGAUAACAGUUCCUUCGAAAUGGAUGUGUCUUCCAGCGACAGUGUUUCCAAGGUUCUGGAAGCCACCAUCGAGAAGUACAAACGUCCUCCGAUGAUUGUGGUCAACUCCGCGGGUAUUACUAGGGAUAACUUCAUGUUGAAAAUGCCUGAGUCGGACUUCGAUGCCGUCAUCAACGUGAACCUUAAAGGAACGUGGCUGAUGUUGAAACAGUUCGGCCAAGCCAUGGUAGACCACAAGGUUAGCGGCUCGAUGGUGAAUGUGUCGUCAAUUGUGGCUCGCAACGGAAACAUUGGCCAAUCCAACUAUUCUCCCAGCAAAGCCGGUGUCGAAGCGAUGACCAAGGUUGUGGCCAGAGAGUUCGGGCGUUACAAUAUUCGAGUGAACGCCGUUGUUCCCGGAUUCAUCCAAACGCCCAUGACUGAUACGCUGCCGCAGAAGGUCAAGGAUAUGGUCAUCAUGCAGUGUGCUUUGCGACGGUUUGGAAAGCCUGAAGAAAUCGCUGAGGUGAUUGCCUUCCUGGCGUCGGAUAAAAGCAGUUAUAUGAACGGCACAUCGGUUGAAGUUACUGGAGGAUAAAUGGUAUGCCAAUGCUGGAAAGCAAUAAGUCUCAGGAAGAAUUUAUAAAAAAAAUCUAAGCAUUUUUAAAGCUGUAUUCUUGAAGAAACGUUAAGCAUUUAUUUUACGUUGUAAAUAAACAAAAUAUGCGAAUGUUUU